AUGAGCGAAAGUCGACACAACAGUGACGGCACGACGGGAAACCGUCGCCGCAGACGAGAAGAUGAAGGAGAUGCGAAGGAAAACGACAACCAGCUGCUCGACCAUGUCGACAGCUAUGUGCCCAAGACGCUCGGCGCCGUCGCGUCCGACCUGGCCUUGAUUAGACGCCAGAGGUUUGGAGAUGUCUCUAGCAUGAACGUCUGUUACAACAAUAUUUCGUUCAGCCAUAUGUCUACGAGUGAAAUGGUAGACCAUGCCAUCAAGAUGCAGGACCAGUACGGCAAUGAUUUCGACCGAGUCGACACCCUUUACGUCUUCUACAACAAAAAGGACAGAACGGAGAACGACUUGGAGGAGCCCAGGCUCCAUUCCAUCGAGAACCCUAUACAGCCACCAGCGAAAGGACCGCGCAGCAGGGAAAAUGUGGUGAUCGGCCGUCGUCCCCAAGUGGAUGAAGCCCCGCCGGACGCUAGAACGCCCAUAAACUUUUAUGGAUCUAUUAACCGUUGCCGCCAAGGAGACGAUGAAGAAGACGUCGAGGAAAUCGACUACCGGCUGCUCGACCGUGUCGACAGCGACCGGACCAAGGAGCUCGGCGCCAUGGCGUCCGACCUGGCCUUGGUCUGGAAUAAUUUCGACCAAGUCGACGUCCCUCACUUUUACCACAAGAACGACAGUAGGAAGGACGACAUGGAGGAACUCAGGCUCCAUGCCAUCGAGUUCCCGAGGCAGCCGCCGGCAAAAAGACCGCGGAACAGGGAAAAUGUAGUGAUGAUCGGCCGUCGGCCCCAAGUGGACACAACCCCUUCGGUCGCUACGACAGUAACCCAGGCAGAACCCGAAAUCCGAUACGGGAGUGGAACCCCUCCCGCACCAUUCCCAGCGCUCUGGCGAGCAUCAUCGUCAACCGAGCCAUGCCGGGUCCCAGGGUGA